UCUCUGAAGCUUGUUCCUGUGUGAGAAUGAAGAUCUUAACCCUUCAGUAUAUGUAGGUGUGUCAGAGGAACGGUUCUCUUACUAGGUCUGGUAAGGUGAGGUGAGGUGAGGUGGUGGCUCCCUCCUAGUAGGUAUGACUAUAAGAACGACGAGGGCAGAAGGCAUUUGAGAUGGGCCAGGAGGUAUGUGUUGGCAGGUGUGGCCCAAGCCUGAGGGCGCCCAUCUCGGCCUCUCACGCACCCCGCUCUCCCUCCCCAGCCAAGAAGGGCCCGCACAUUCCAGUCCUGCCAGCUGCACCCUCUCCUACCCCCCUCAAACUUCCUCAAAAAAGCAGCUCUGGCGCCAAGACUUCCUCCAGGUCGGAGCGUGAGCCUUCUCCUCCCAGCGGGACUCAGGACUGCCUCCCAGGCCCCGGCACCCCAAGCCUAGAUGUCCCAAGUCCACCCUGCACACAACCUGCCGCGCCCCUCAGGCCCCCUUCCGGACUAGGCCAGGCGAGCAGGGAGCUGAGCUCAGGGCCAAGGAAUCCCGCCUGGGGCUGCAAGGGGAGGGGGGACGGGGGGGUAGAGUGUUUGGGGUCUGAGCCCUGAUUGGCUACGACCGGGCCACGCCUCUACCCUUUUCCCCCUUCUCCCCCUCCGAAGGGGGGCGUGGAGGCAACCGGGAUCAGCCAGGGGCCAGCAUGAGCCGGAGGGAGGGAAGUCUGGACCCCCAGGCUGACUCCUCAGUUUCACCCCUUCCCCACUUGGAGGCCAAGAUCCAACAGACACACAGCCUUGCCCGCCUCCUCACCAAAUAUGCUGAACAGCUGCUCCAGGAAUAUGUGCAGCACCAGGGAGACCCCUUCGGGCUGCCCGGCUUCUCGCCCCCGCGGCCGCCGGUGGCGGGUCUGAGCGCCCCGGCCCCGGGCCACGCUGGCCUGCCGGUGCCCGAGCGCCUGCGGCUGGACGCGGCGGCGCUGGCCGUGCUGCCCCCGCUACUGGACGUCGUGCGCCGCCGCCAGGCCGAGCUGAACCCGCGGGCGGCGCGCCUGCUGCGGCGCCUGGAGGACGCGGCGCGCCAGGCCCGCGCCCUGGGCGCCGCCGUGGAGGCCGUGCUGGGCGCUCUGGGCGCCGAGACCGGCGGGCCCCGGGCCGAGCCCGCCACCGCCGCCGCCGCCGCCAUCGCCGCCGCCGCCACCGGGGGUGUCUUCCCGGCCAAGGUGCUGGGGCUCCGCGUGUGCAGCCUCUACCUCGAGUGGGUGAGCCGCACGGAGGCCGACCUGGGCCAGCUGGCGCCCGGGGGCCCGGCCUGAGUGCUCCUCGGCCUUCUCCAUCUCUCUGCCUCUUCGUCUGUGUUCUCAGACUGUCUCCAUCUCUGUUUGCUUUGUACGCUCUUGAUUUCUUUUUCUCUCUGGGACCUGCUUGUCUGCUUGUGACUUACUAUGUCCAUCGUCCCCUUGCUUCCUCCCUCUUUUUCUCCAUCGCUUGGGCCUGCCUCUUUGUGAAUCUCUUUCUCUCCCCUCUCCCCAUCUCUUCUCAUCUCAAGUAGGGGGCACCUGUCACUCUGUUUCCUUCUAUCCCUGUCUGUCCUUUCUUGGCCAGGGACAUGCCUGCUUGCCCUGUGGUGGGAGGGCUACUCCAGACAAAUUUCAGCGAUCUUCCCCCAGCAUCACUCCACCUGCUGCUCUCCCCCUCCCCAUCCCAUCCCUUGGACCCUGCCUCCAUCCCUUUGAAGUCCUUCUUCCCCUUCCUCUGCCCUAACCCUGCACCUUCCCUUCCCUUCAAGUCAGGUCUGCAGAGAGAAAAAGUCAACUUCUUAAAGAGUUUUAUUUCUGAGAAUAAGUUAAUUUUUGUAAACAAAAUGUUUAAAAAUAAAAAGAACACUAAAGUUA